UAACUGGUUGUGCUAUAAAUUAGUGUCUCCCCGCUAAAAUCGAUUGUGACAUUGUUAAAAUCUCUACAUUUUGUUGAGUUUCUGCAUCUCCUGUCUCUAGUAAUCUUUCUAUUGCUGAUCAAUCUUAUAGCCGCCAAGAUGGUUGGGAUACUUUCAACUUUAUAUAAUUAGCAACACGGGUUGUUUUGUUUUAGUCAGUGCAACUGCAACAUAAGCUCGAGUCAUUCAUCACAAGGCCUUUCUAUUCUAUUCUUGAAGACUGGAAGUUAAUUUUAGCUGUUGUACUUCGAUCUGUGCCUGACAAGUUGACUCUAAGCUGCAAUGGGUGGUGUUUGGUGGUGGAAACUGCUUUUUGCUGCUCUUGCUGUGACUCUCUUGUCUGCUGAAUAUUGUGCUUCCCAGAAAGAUCCGAAGUAUACAUUCAUGCACAAUGCAACCACCGCAGCAAACAUCUCAUACUACGACUACAUCAUAAUUGGGGGUGGCACUGCAGGUUGUCCUUUAGCUGCGACCUUGUCCCAAAACUACAGUGUUUUGGUGCUUGAACGAGGUGGGUCACCCUAUGGCAACCCCAACAUCACCAACUUAGAUACCUUUGGCGCUGCUCUCUCCGACAUCUCCCCCACCUCUCCCUCUCAGCGUUUCAUCUCUCAAGACGGCGUCAUCAACUCCAGAGCUCGCGUCCUUGGCGGCGGUAGUUGUUUGAACGCUGGCUUCUACUCUCGAGCCAGCCCUCAAUAUGUAAGGGAAGCGGGUUGGGAUGGAAAGACUGCGAAUGAAUCGUACCAGUGGGUGGAGAAAUUGGUGGCGUUUAAGCCACAUGUAAAACAGUGGCAAUCCGCUGUAAGGGAUGGCCUGUUGGAGAUAGGGGUGGUGCCUAACAAUGACUUCACUUAUGAUCACAUUUAUGGGACUAAGGUUGGAGGUACCAUCUUUGACGAGCAAGGUUUCAGGCACACCGCGGCUGAUCUUCUCGAAUAUGCCAAUCCCAUUGGAAUUACUGUGCUCUUGCAUGCCCCUGUGCAAAGGAUCUUGUUUAGAAUGAAAGGUGCAAGAAAGCCCAGGGCCCAUGCAGUGGUGUACAGAGACGCAUUAGGGCGUAAACACAAGGCGUACCUGAAGCAGGGGUCCAAGAACGAGAUCAUUGUAUCAGCCGGUGCACUUGGAAGCCCACAGCUUUUAAUGUUGAGUGGAGUGGGCCCAGCACAGCACCUUCGAGCCCAUAACAUUAGUGUAACACUGGACCAGCCAUUGGUGGGACAGGGUAUGGCAGAUAACCCCAUGAAUGCCAUCUUCAUCCCAUCUCCUGUCCCUGUAGAGGUCUCACUCAUUGAGGUUGUCGGCAUCACCAGCUUUGGUAGCUACAUUGAAGCUGCCAGCGGUGAAAACUUUGCUGGUGGUUCACCAAAGGACUAUGGGAUGCUCUCCCCAAAGAUUGGUCAACUCUCCACGGUUCCUCCAAAGCAGAGGACCCCAGAAGCACUUUCAAAAGCCAUAGAAUCCAUGUCAACUCUCGACCAAGCAGCUUUCAGAGGUGGAUUCAUCCUCGAGAAAAUCAUGGGUCCAUUCUCCACCGGCCAUCUAGAGCUCCAAACCCGCAACCCGAACGACAACCCAUCAGUGACCUUCAACUACUUCCAGGACCCGCGAGAUCUUCAGAGAUGCGUGCAGGGCCUCACCACUGUGGAGAAGGUAAUCGAGUCCAAAGCUUUCUCUCCAUUCAAAUAUGAAACCAUGCCAAUCUCCGUUUUGCUCAACAUCACCGCAAGUUCCCCUGUGAACUUGUUGCCCAAACACGCCAAUGUGUCAACGUCGCUGGAGCAGUUCUGCAAAGACACCGUGAUGACCAUUUGGCAUUAUCAUGGAGGCUGUCAAGUUGGGAGAGUUGUGGAUAGUGAUUAUAAGGUUCUUGGUGUGGAUGCAUUACGUGUUGUUGAUGGUUCCACUUUUAUUUCUUCUCCUGGAACUAAUCCUCAAGCCACUGUUAUGAUGCUUGGCAGGUAUAUGGGAGUCAAGAUAUUGGGAGAGAGACUUGCUGCUGAUGAUGAAUGAGGAUUGAUUAAUGAGUUGUGUAGUUUUUCUCUGUUUUCAGGAUUUCAUCAACAAGAAUAUUGAUCAUGACAGUGAGUAAAAACAAAACAAUUCUUGUGAUCACGAGAGUCUAAUUUGUAAAGUUUGUGAUGUAACUUUACAAUGACAAAAAUAAGGAAUCACACUUGUGUCCAAGUAAUUGAUGAAUCGAACCAAAAGGGGGAAACAAUUCAUUUCGUA